GUCCGGGGCGCAGGUCGCUGCGAUCGGUUCGUGCUCAAAAUGGCGCCCGCAAGCCGCCCGAGCGUCCUGGGCCUGUUGGUGCCCUUGUCGGUGUGUCUGGUGCUGACGGCGCGGCCAAUGGCGGGCCAGGAGAGUCUAACGGCUCGGAUGCGCGUCAUCAGCGAGGAUCUGGACCGCCAGCUCAACGAGAUCAUGACCUCCCGGGCCGUGUCCUACUCCACGGUCAGGACCACGGGCCUCCCCUACAACGCGUCGACCAGGUUCAACCCGAAGGGCAUGGGCAACCUCUACAACGUCACCAACGCCUUCAUCGACUUCAUCCAGAGCAAGCAGGCCUACCCCGAGGGGAUCAUCUCCGCACAAAGUGGCCAGCUUAUUUACGCCGAUCCUGCCAAGGAGUGGAGGAUCAUCCUGACGCAUUAUGCAGGACUGACGGGGCUGGCCGUUGCGGGACUUCUGGUGGCCGCCAUCUUGCCGUGUGCAGGACUCUUCUUCUGCUGCUGCAGGUGCACGGGACGAUGUGGAGUCAGAAGCGAACCGUUCGAUAAGAAGCACGACCACUGCAGGAAAGUCAUGCUGAGUGUCGUCCUCAUCGGGGUCGCCACGGUUAUUCUGUUCGGGGUCGUCUGCGCUUUCGUCACCAACGAGAAUAUGCAAGAUGGGACGAGAGAAUUGCCGGGAAACGCGAAGAUUAGUUUGAAGGACCUACAGUUGUAUCUGACGACGACGAAAAAGGAGAUCGACAACCUUCUGCAGACCAACUACAACGAGCUGGAAGCCACUUUGAACAAUAUUCUUCAGUCCAGCGGGAAAAUCGUGACGGAACAGCUGUCGGAAUACUCGCAUGCGGUCUCGCUGACCAACCUUAACAACAUAGUGAUGGGUUUAGACGCCAUCAGGCACGAUCUUAGGAUGAUGAACAAGAUCACUCAAGAACUGAGAGCCAACGCUAGCUCUUUAGACAUCGUGGUGCGAGGCGUGAAGAAGGAUUUGCUGCACACUCUGGCUGCUUGCACGACGCAUUACUGCAAGCAGGUCCUGCAGGAGUACAAGGUCAAUCAGAUGUCGGUUCAGGUUGACUUCGACCGAUACCUGGAUCGAUACUUCCCGAAGCUGCCCGAUGUGACUCUUGCGCUGCGGAACAUCACGGUGCUGAUGGAGAGCAACAUCGUGUCCGACGUCAGCCAAGGAAGGGAAUCUUUCCUGAAGAUCCAGAACGAUAUCCAGCAGUCGGUGAACCAGACGAUCCCCGUAGUGAGUGCCAGCAUCCGUCGAGCCGGAGAUUCGCUCAUCACCUUCAAGAACAGCAUGACCUACAUCAUCGACAGGAUGAACAUGGAGAUCGAGAGGAUGUACAUCCCUCGCAUCGACCAAGCUCAGACGCACAUCGAUCAGUAUUCCCCUUAUCGAUACUACCUCGGCCUCGGCGUUUCCGGGAUUCUGUUGACGGUGUUGAUGUGUCUAACCUUCGGACUUUUUUGCGGAAUUUGCGGAAAGCGACCGGACGGUUAUGGGGACGAUUGUUGCAACAAAGGGUCUGGUGCUCGAUUCUUGAUGAUGGCAGUCUGGAUCAUCUUCCUCCUUACAAGUGUGUUAAUAAUUGUGACGGUGGCUCACAUGGUGUCAGGUGUUCUCACUCAACGUGCGAUUUGCGAACCGUUGAAGAAUCCAAAAGACAAUAGAAUGUUCGAGCUGGUCGAUGAGUUGGUGCAGAUCAAGCGAUUGCUUUAUCCAAGGAUUCCAGAUGCCAAUAUAUCGCUGAGUUACAUCGAUGCUUUCGUUUUUCAGCUGGCAACCAGAUUCGGAGAAGCCUUCCUGUCCCAAGUCGACGAGUACUUGGAGCACGUAAUCAGCAGUGCGAAGAAGACCGUAGGAAAAUGUGGACCUGUUUCCAACGCCUAUAACGCCACUCUCGUUGCUGGGUGCAACAAGAUCCUCGAUCCCUUUAAUGGUUUCUGGGUGAGCGUUGGUUGGUGUCUGGUGCUUUUCAUUCCUACAAUUGUCCUCUGCGUCAAGCUGAGUGUGCUCUACAAGAAGUCCGACCCUUAUCCAGGACCACUCGUUGAAGCCGUCCAUGAUAAGAAGUAUCGGUGCCAUGGGAAACAUCAUCCAGCUGCUUAUGUGGAAAGCUAUGAUGGACCUGCAGGCGGAUAUGCAGAGAGAGAGAGAAUCGCUGAUGCUCAUCAAGGAUCGUCUCAUCACGAUCCACGAUAUUCCGAUUUGGCGCCCAAUUUAGCCCUACCGGGGCAACGCCACAAGCGCGUCGCUUCCGAAACCGGGAAAAUGUAUACAAUUUCGCAGAAUGCACAGAACUGGGCAGAGUACACCAAUCUGGACCCGCCCAGCUAUCAGCCCGCAGCGGCUCCGCUCAGCGCAGAGUACGAAAGACCCCCACCGUAUUACUUCCCGGGGCCUGGGGAUAGGAAUUAGGAUUCGAGUUCCGUGGCAUGCACGAAGGCGGCGCUGAGCAGCGCGGCCACUCACAGUCUCACUCGCAGUUACAAGAGGACGCUGAGGAAGAAGCGGAAGAGGAAGAGGACCGUCAACCGACGGGAUUACGUCUGACUGGCGCUAAUCCCCGGGCAUGCCGCGGACCAUCGAUAUUCCCCACAAUUAACCGCAGAAGACGCCUAGAGUCGUCCCUUCCGCCAUCUUGAAUCGUCCUCGAACGGGAUUGGUCCCUUUCAAGAUGGACGAGCCAAAAUACGCAAUCAUGGCUGCCGGGAUUUACUAAUGGGAUUAAGUCGCCGAAAUACGCAGCAGCGAAUAUGAUUAACGAUUUAGGGAAGAAUUCCUGUUGCGAUUAAAGAUAAUUACGAAGAUUCGAGGCGUUUACAGUGAGGAAGAUUGAAAACACGUAAUCCAUCUUGGCAGCCGGGAUUUACUAAUCGGAUUAAGUCGCCGAUAUACCCAACAGUGAAGACUAGGAUUAACAAUUAGUAAAGAAUUCCUAUUGCGAGUUAAAUUAACGACGAAGGUUCGAAGCGUUUACAGUGAGGAAGAUUGAAAACACGAAAUUCAUCUUGGCAGCCGGGAUUUACUAAUCGGAUUAAGUCGCCGAAAUACGCAACAGCGAUUACGAUUAUCGAUUUAGGGAAGAAUUCUUGAUGUAAUUAACGAUAACGACGAAGAUUCGAAGUGGUUUAAAGUGAGGAAGAUUGAAAACACGAAAUUCAUCUUGGCAGCCAGGAUUUACUAAUCGGAUUAAGUCGCCGAAAUACCCAACAGUGAAGACUAGGAUUAACAAUUAGUGAAGAAUUCCUGUUACGAUUAAAAUUAACGACGAAGACUCGAAGCGUUUACAGUGAGGAAGAUUGAAAACACGAAAUCCAUCAUGGCUGCCGGGAUUUACUAAUCGGAUUAAGUCGCCGAAGUGCGCAACAGUGAAGACUAUGAUUAACAAUUUAAUGAAGAAUUCUAGUUGCAAUAGUGGAGAACGAUGGAAUUAAGAUAUUCCUGGACAGAAGCGGCGUUUUCAUCGCUAACCGGGUUUAGUGGAUUAUAAAGAGAAGAAACUCGCCAUCGGUCGAUCCACAUUCACAUCCCAUCAUGGCUGCCAGGAUUUAGUAACGACUUUAACUCGCCGAAUCCCACAACGGCGAAGUUCACAAUCCCGAGAUUACAAUUAACGAUUUAAUGAAGAAUUCUAGUUGCAAUCAAGUUGAGAUAUUCGUGUUAAGUGCAGAGGAUUGGAUUUACAAAUGUCACGGACAACGUAUCGAGCUGAGGCGAGUAAAUGAAGCUGGAUCCGCCAUAUUGGAAAACCGCCGAGCGGGAUUGGCCAAUUCCGAUGUAGCCGGCGCGCCAUUGGCCGGUCCAACGGAAACGGACACCAGGAGGCGCCAGGUAGCCAAAACUAGCAGCCAUAAAUCUAGCGUUCAAAUGUUCUAGGGAAAUAGUUGGGUCGAUUUACUGUUAACUGUUCGCGACUGUUUUUCUCGAUUAACCGUCUCUGUGUGAUUUCUAGUGAUUUCCGAUUGCUCCUGGAAAUGGUCAAUCAAAGCGACGCCAUCUUAAGCUACGAUUUAUAAAUCUGGUUUACACCGAUAAUUUGGUACGCGUACUCAAGGCAUGGAUUUAUUAAACUGUCGGUGUAAAAUAUCGUAUAUUGACUUGGGACGAUUCGUUCGUAAAGUGCUAAUCGUCCUUGAUACACCAUUGUUUACACUGGGAGGUUAGUAAAACUACCUGUAGUACGCGUAUCAAAGGCAUGGAUUAAUCAAACCAGCAGUGUAAACGAUCGUAAAUCGACUUGGUACGGCGUUUACAAUUAACGAACUAUAUAUAUAUAUAUAGUGAUUGGACCGGUUUACAAUUAACGAUUCUUCUCAAGACACGCCGAGUCGUCGAUUUUUCUUAUCUCGACGAUGGAUUAAAAUAAAAAAAAUGGAGAUGGAUACGACGGUUAGAAAAAUCGCGAACGAAAUUAAGAGAGAGAAACAGAACGAGACGAGAGAUUCAUUUUUUCCUCUCGUUUUAUUCCUCCAUGAUGGAAGAUAACACGUGGAAACGAUAUAUCCAAAAUCCACGAUAUUGCCGCAACUAUUGACUAUAGUCGACAACUGGAUUUUUAUAUAUAUAUAUAUAUGUUACCGUGAAUGACCGAAAUUGGAGAAUGUCGACUUUCACCGGUGAAAGUCGACAUUCUUCAGAUUUCGGUGUUUCAUUGUAACAUAUAUAUACUCAGAUUGUUCAUUUUUUAUCUUCAUUUGCCAUCUCUCGGUUCAGAUUGAGUUCCUAACCUAUAAAAGCGUGCUAUCGACUGCAUUUAUUAGUAUAAAGCGAACCGUCAAUUUUGCACGACCGCACAAUGCGUAAUUUCUUUUAAUGAGUCCCGCCGACAAAACGGAAAUUAAUUUAUAGUAUGAAAUUUCACUUUCUCCUUUAAAUCUUCUUUUCGCAAAAGAAUCAGUAUUACGAUCAUCGCUGAUUUCUACAUCACGAAUGUCAUGAAACGGUUAAAAUGUAAUUACCCGGGAAUUAUUGCAUUUCUCUUCGGAGUUUUCGAAAGCUCGUUUACACCGCUCGAGGCGGGAGAUUUGAAUUUCCGGAAUUUUGCGCUCAAACUGGGAGGAAAUAAAAAAGAUAAUAGAAAGAGAAUUAUGAACGAAGGACGAAGUCAAAGGAACAAAAGUAUUGCGAAAAAUGAUCCGACGCUGAAUAACCUCUAUUUAAAGAGUCGAGCUUUUGGCGCCAUUUUUGAAUUUCGAAGCGCCAUCUGGGAUCUCGAAUUGAACUUACCGGCUUCGCGAGAUGUACAAAAAUGAACGAAAGGAAGGGAAAGGGUUUGAAAUCCAGCGGGAUUUCGAGAUUCCCUGCCGGAUGGGAAGACUUAGCCGCCAUUUUGAAGAUAUUUCUCAACCUCGGCGCGUUUAUACGGCCGGGUUUAUCUAUUAGAGUUAAUCUGCGAGUCUGUGCGUGUGCGUGCGCCUGUGAUAUGUGUUUUGUUUUUCUCUACGUAUAAAGAAGCGACGACGAUGGAGGAAGUAAAUACGAAAGAAUUAAAACACGACUGCCAAAUUGUGCGAAACUCGAGCCGAGGCGAUCGCGGGGUCUCUUCUUUGCUCAAUCCGCGCCAUCUUGGAUUUUCCUGCGCCCUGAUUGGCUGCGCGCGAUCCAACAUGGCGGCGGCCGCAUCGCUGCUCGCCUCCGAUGUUUACACGCUGAAUUUAUUGAGAUUAGGGCCGGAAAUUCGGAAAAAUCAGAUCCAUUGUGAGGUUAGACAAUGAGGAAGUUAGAAAAUUCACGCGAAGGAAAGGAAAAACGGGGGUAAAACGGCGAAAAGUGCUUUCCUUUUCUCACCUGCCUUAUAUCUAUAGUCGAACUGAAAGUAAAAGACGUUCUACAUUUUACAUCGUUGUCCCCGUGAUAUUUUUUGCAAUCGUUGAACUAUCUCUCUUUGUUUAAACAUUUUAAUAUUGAAUAUAUUCGCCCCAUAACCUCAAAACAUUACGAAAUGUUGAAUUUACUGCAUUGAAACGUUAAAAAUUGGUUGCCGGGUUUAGAGGAGCACAGAAUUACGUGCCAAUUUGUUUAAACAACCAGUACAAAUACGAACAAAUUGCAGAAAUUUACCCCCGGCUUUCCUCGAAAUACAACAAUCGAGGAUAUCCUUGAAUAGUGAUAAUAAUUAACGUAAAAUAAACGCGGCUGAUAUUUUCUAACAAUUUUUGGCCAAACCUGGGAAUUGUUUAAAUUCGAGCCGAGUCGUCGCAAAUUAACAAUUUUUGCACUUGCUGAAUUUCUCCCGAGUUUGCGAAAUUGUACAUAUUCAAGCCAUGUAAACAAUUAACAACGCAGGUAUUAAUUAAUCGGCCCGAUUUAAUUAAACCUGCAA